UUUCAUACUUUGGUCCUAGUUGUUCCUCUUUUUCUUUCAAGACAGAAUCUUGGGAAAACAGUACAGAUUGUUGUGAGUGGGAUGGUGUCACGUGCGACACCAUGUCAGAUCACGUGAUUGGUCUGGACCUCAGUUGCAACAAUCUAAAAGGUGAAUUACAUCCCAAUAGCACCAUCUUUCAGCUUAAACACCUUCAACAACUCAACUUGGCUUUUAAUGAUUUUUCUUUGUCUUCAAUGCCUAUUGGUGUUGGAGAUUUAGUGAAACUCACACAUCUAAAUCUAUCAAAAUGUUACCUCAAUGGUAAUAUUCCUUCCACAAUCUCUCAUUUGUCAAAAUUAGUAUCACUUGAUCUCAGCAGAAACUGGCACGUGGGAUUGAAACUCAAUUCAUUCAUUUGGAAGAAACUCAUUCAUAAUGCUACUAAUUUAAGGGAUCUUCAUCUUAAUGGAGUGAACAUGUCUUCAAUCGGAGAGAGCUCAUUGUCAAUGCUAAAGAAUUUGUCAUCCUCUUUGGUUUCUCUUAGUCUACGAAACACUGUGUUGCAAGGAAAUAUAUCAAGUGACAUCCUCUCUUUACCUAAUCUUCAAAGAUUGGAUUUGUCAUUUAAUCAUAACCUUAGUGGUCAACUUCCAAAGUCCAACUGGAGCACUCCUCUAAGGUACUUGGACCUCUCUUCCUCUGCUUUUUCAGGUGAAAUUCCUUAUUCCAUAGGUCAAUUGAAGUCUCUUACUCAAUUAGACCUUUCAUAUUGCAAUUUUGAUGGGAUUGUUCCUCUAUCUUUGUGGAACCUCACCCAACUAACAUAUUUGGACCUUUCACAAAAUAAGCUUAACGGUGAGAUCUCACCAUUACUUUCAAACCUCAAACACCUCAUUCAUUGUGAUCUUGCAGAGAAUAACUUUAGCGGUAGCAUCCCAAAUGUUUAUGGAAAUUUAAUCAAAUUGGAAUAUUUAGCACUUUCCUCUAACAACCUAACAGGCCAAGUUCCAUCAUCACUUUUUCAUCUACCUCAUCUUUCUUAUUUAUAUUUAUCAUCUAACAAACUAGUUGGCCCAAUUCCAAUUGAAAUCACAAAACGUUCAAAAUUGAGUAUUGUGGAUUUAAGCUUUAACAUGUUAAAUGGAACAAUUCCACAUUGGUGUUAUUCUUUGCCUUCGUUGUUAGAGUUGGGCCUCAGCGACAACCACCUCACAGGGUUCAUUGGUGAGUUUUCAACAUAUUCUUUGCAAUAUUUGGAUCUCUCUAAUAACAACCUACGAGGUCAUUUUCCAAAUUCAAUAUUUCAACUCCAAAAUCUUACCGAGUUAAUUUUGUCAUCAACAAACUUGAGUGGUGUUGUGGAUUUUCACCAAUUUUCAAAAUUAAACAAACUAAAUUCCCUCGUUCUUUCACACAAUACUUUUCUUGCUAUCAACACUGAUAGCAGUGCUGACUCCAUCUUACCCAACCUUUUUUCAUUAGAUUUAUCCUCUGCUAAUAUUAAUAGUUUUCCUAAAUUCCUAGCGCAACUACCAAAUCUGCAAUCAUUAGAUCUCUCCAACAACAACAUUCAUGGGAAAAUUCCCAAAUGGUUUCAUAAGAAGCUCUUAAACUCAUGGAAGGACAUUUGGUCCGUUGACCUCAGUUUCAACAAGUUACAAGGAGAUCUUCCAAUUCCACCUUCUGGCAUUCAAUACUUUUCACUCUCAAAUAACAACUUCACAGGAUACAUUUCUUCAACAUUCUGCAAUGCCAGUUCCCUUUAUAUGCUCGAUUUGGCUCACAACAAUUUGACAGGUAUGAUUCCACAAUGCCUGGGAACAUUAAAUUCUCUUCAUGUAUUGGAUAUGCAAAUGAACAACCUCUAUGGAAGCAUUCCUAGAACCUUUACCAAAGGAAAUGCAUUUGAGACUAUAAAGUUGAAUGGCAACCAAUUGGAAGGACCAUUACCACAAUCUUUGGCUAACUGUUCAUAUCUUGAAGUUUUGGACCUUGGUGACAACAACGUUGAGGAUACAUUUCCUGAUUGGCUAGAAACUCUACCAGAGUUACAGGUGAUAAGUUUACGAUCAAAUAAUCUUCAUGGUGCAAUCACCUGUUCUAGCACCAAGCAUACAUUUCCCAAGUUGAGAAUUUUUGAUGUCUCUAACAACAAUUUUAGUGGGCCCUUGCCAACAUCAUGCAUCAAGAACUUUCAAGGAAUGAUGAAUGUGAGUGACGACCAAAUUGGUUUGCAAUACAUGGGUGACUCUUAUUACUACAAUGAUUCUGUUGUGGUCACAGUGAAAGGUUUUUUCAUGGAGCUAACAAGGAUAUUGACUGCUUUCACAACUAUUGAUUUAUCAAAUAACAUGUUUGAAGGUGAAAUUCCACAAGUCAUUGGAGAAUUAAAUUCUCUCAAAGGACUUAACCUUUCAAACAAUGGAAUCACAGGUAGCAUUCCACAAUCUUUGAGUCAUUUGAGAAAUUUGGAGUGGUUGGACCUCUCAUGCAACCAAUUGAAGGGUGAGAUUCCUGUGGCUUUGACAAAUUUGAACUUCCUCUCAGUCUUAAACCUUUCACAAAACCAUCUUGAGGGAAUCAUACCUAAAGGUCAACAGUUUAAUACAUUUGGAAAUGAUUCUUUUGAAGGAAAUACAAUGUUAUGUGGAUUUCCAUUGUCUAAAUCAUGCAAAAAUGAGGAAGAUCGGCCACCUCAUUCAACAUCUGAAGAUGAAGAAGAAUCAGGAUUUGGCUGGAAAGCGGUAGCAAUCGGAUAUGCAUGUGGGGCAAUCUUCGGGUUGCUAUUCGGAUAUAAUGUAUUCUUCUUCACUGGUAAACCCGAAUGGCUUGCAAGACAUGUUGAACAUAUGUUUGACAUAAGAUUGAAAAGAACGAACAACAGAGCCAUCGCAAAUCGCAUAAGAAUGAAUUAAUUGGAUGAGGGUCUUUUCAAAUAUGUAGUUACAACUGUUUGUAAUUAAUC